CUCGGGAUAUUGACAUUGCCCACAUUUCCCAGCUGGCUGCCCAGCAUCGUGGCCCGGGUUGCACUCCGAGACUCCGGGUGCAGAACCGGAGACAGAUCCUUUGUCAGUGCCUAUCUCCGAGGCUUUUCCUCUGACCCUCCUCCAGAAAUACUGUUAAUCUCAUAACCUUUACACUGAGAGGACUCCACCAACCCCUCCACUUUUCUUAGUUGAAUCCCUAACCUCCAACUGGUUAAUGGGCAAUUGCACCAAUCCACUGUACUUCUGUCCUUCCUUUUAAAAAACAAACACGGUGGUGGUGGUGGUGAUUUAAGUCCAGCUUCACUACAAAUGUCCCAGGCUGCCCACCCGACGCCAGUGGGUGGGGUGCAAUCUGACACUUCCGCUUCUUUCCAGAAACGUGAGUGGAGCUGGAGCGCCCUCCGUCUGGGGGAGGGGAGAUUGAGGAAAAGGUUUGCGCUUUCGUCCUUCCGACUUUCUCUUCUGGAGACAGGCUAGCUGCCCGCUCUCUGCGCUGCUCCCAGGUUUGGCGCCUGGAAAAAACUUUACGUCCUGCUUUCUCCUACUCCAGGCUCCGCCCCUGCUCCAGAUCCUCAGUUCCUCUGGCCCUACCCAUCCCGGCCACUCCCUACCCGCUGCCUUUAGCUCGAGCGUAUGGGGACACCUCUGCGCCUGUCCUAGGCCCAAAGCUGGCUGCGAAUAUCAAGUGUCAUUCUACUGCGGAACAUGGGCCCCCGGUCCUGAGGCGGUCUCCUUUCCGAGGAGCGCUGAGCGCGAUCAGCAAAUCUGUAGCGUCUUAGUCCCUUAGCCCUGGCGAGGUGUCCCAGGAGUUCCGGCAGGAGCCUUGAACUUGGUCGCACUCUUGGGUUUUGCCAGUCAGAAGAGUGGGCGCAGCAGCCCAGCGGAGCCCCACAGCAAAGGCUCGGGAGACCGGGCGCAGGGAAGGUGCACCGAGGACGCAGCUGUGAAGUUGAGCUCCGGUGCGGGUGAAGUUCUCACCGAGCUGGGGAGCGCGCCGGACGUUCACUGGGCGCGCACCCAGGCAGCCUCCUUCCCAGCCCUCUGGACGGUCCUCAGGCCAUGAGGAGGAGCUUGCUGGAGACUUCGAGGUUGUUCAGAGCCAGCGUGCCCCAGAGCAGCGUCUCCCGCCUAAGCUAGGAAGGGGGAGUGGCGCGGACUGGUUGGAGCUGGGAACCGAGAGAGAGCGCCUGACCUCGCUCCUAACUCUUUCUUACGCAGUUUUCUAGUUGGGCUACAAGGAAGGUUCUAGCGGUCGGAGCCCUUUUUCCUAGAAGGCUGGUGAUGGAUCUCUUGCUGCUGCCCCCUCAGGGGCACUUGGAGCGCGCUGGCGGCGCGUGAGCCCUGCACCGCCCUCAGGGUGCCCUGCCUGGAAGCUUUUCUCAAGAAGCCUUCCUUUCCCAGCCCGAAGCCUCCCGGAUUCCAGGAGGCAGAGAGAAGAAGGUAGCCCCCAGGCACAGAGUCUCCGAGAUGUCCGCGCAGAGUCUGCUCCACAGCGUCUUCUCUUGCUCCUCGCCCGCAUCUGGCGGCGCGGCCUCAGCCAAGGGCUUCUCCAAAAGGAAGCUGCGCCAGACCCGCAGCUUGGACCCAGCCCUGAUCAGAGGCUGCGGGAGCGAGCCGGGAGCAGACUGUGCUCCGGGGGCCACAGCCGGCCGCCUCUACUCCCCGCACACUCUAGCUGAAGGGCUUGGCACCCACUCGGCGACUUCUCCCCGGAGCCCGACCUCUCGGGCCAACCGGCUCCCAACACCCCGACCUCUUUGCUCGUCCUUCUCCACACCCAGCACCCCGCAGGAGAAGUCACCUUCUGGCAGCUUCCACUUUGACUACGAGGUCCCCUUGGGUCGAAGUAGUCUUAAGAAGAGCAUGGCUUGGGACCUGCCUUCGGUCCUGGCUGGGCCAGGCAGUGGCCGCAGCACUGCGAGCAUCCUCUGUUCCUCCGGAGGAGGCCCCAAUGGCAUCUUUGCUUCUCCCAGGAGGUGGCUCCAGCAGAGGAAGUUUCAGCCCCCAUCCAACAGUCGUGGCCACCCCUACAUCGUGUGGAAGUCCGAGGGUGAUUUCACCUGGAACAGCAUGUCGGGCCGCAGCGUGCGGCUGAGGACAGUCCCCAUCCAGAGUCUCUCAGAACUGGAGCGGGCCCGGCUGCAGGAAGUGGCUUUUUAUCAGUUGCAGCAGGACUGUGACCUGAGCUGUCAGAUUACCAUUCCCAAAGAUGGACAAAAGAGAAAGAAAUCUUUGAGAAAGAAACUGGAUUCCCUAGGAAAAGAGAAAAACAAAGACAAAGAAUUCAUCCCACAGGCAUUUGGAAUGCCUCUGUCCCAAGUAAUUGCCAAUGACAGAAUCUAUAAACUGAAGCAGGACUUGCAGAGGGAUGAGCAGAAGGAUGCAUCUGAUUUUGUGGCUUCCCUCCUGCCAUUUGGAAAUAAAAGACAAAACAAAGAACUCUCAAGCAGUAACUCAUCUCUCAGCUCCACCUCAGAAACUCCAAAUGAGUCCACUUCCCCCAACACUCCGGAACCAGCUCCUCGAGUUAGGAGAAGGGGUGCCAUGUCAGUGGAUUCCAUCACCGAUCUGGACGACAACCAGUCUCGACUGCUGGAAGCUUUACAGCUCUCCUUGCCUGCUGAGGCACAAAACAAAAAAGAAAAAGCCAGAGAUAAGAAACUCAGUCUGAAUCCUAUUUACAGACAGGUCCCCAGGCUGGUGGACAGCUGCUGUCAACAUCUGGAAAAACAUGGCCUCCAGACAGUGGGGAUAUUCCGAGUUGGAAGCUCAAAAAAGAGAGUGAGACAAUUACGUGAGGAAUUUGACCGAGGGGUUGAUGUCUCUCUGGAAGAGGAGCACAGUGUUCAUGAUGUGGCAGCCCUGUUGAAGGAAUUCCUGAGGGACAUGCCAGACCCUCUUCUCACCAGGGAGCUGUACACAGCUUUCAUCAACACUCUCUUGUUGGAGCCAGAGGAACAGCUGGGCACCUUGCAACUCCUCAUCUACCUUCUACCUCCCUGCAACUGCGACACCCUCCACCGUCUCCUACAGUUCCUCUCCACUGUGGCCAGGCACGCCGACGACAAUGUCAGUAAAGAUGGGCAAGAGGUCACUGGCAACAAAAUGACAUCUCUAAACUUGGCCACCAUAUUUGGACCCAACCUACUGCACAAGCAGAAGUCAUCAGACAAAGAAUUCUCCGUCCAGAGCUCAGCCCGGGCUGAAGAGAGCACAGCCAUCAUUGCUGUAGUGCAGAAGAUGAUUGAAAAUUAUGAAACACUGUUCAUGGUUCCCCCCGAUCUCCAGAACGAAGUGCUGAUCAGCCUGUUAGAGACCGAUCCUGAUGUCGUGGACUAUUUGCUCAGAAGGAAGGCUUCCCAGUCAUCAAGCCCUGACAUGCUACAGUCGGACGUUUCCUUUCCCAUGGGAGGGAGGCAUUCAUCCACAGACUCCAACAAAGCCUCCAGCGGAGACAUCUCCCCUUAUGACAACAACUCCCCUGUGCUACCGGAGCGUUCCCUGCUGGCUAUGCAAGAAGACAGGGCUCCGGGGGGCUCAGAAAAGCUUUACAAGGUGCCAGAGCAGUAUAUGAUGGUGGGCCACUUGCCGUCGUCAAAGUCAAAGUCAAGGGAAAGUUCUCCUGGACCAAGGCUUGGAAAAGAUAUGUCAGAGGAACCUUUCAAUAUCUGGGGGACUUGGCAUUCAACAUUAAAAAGUGGAUCCAAGGACGCAGGAAUGACAGGUUCCUAUGGCGACAUAUUUGAAAGCAGCUCCCUCAGACCGGGGCCUUGUUCUCUGUCUCAGGGGAACCUGUCCCUGAACUGGCCUCGAUGUCAGGGGAGCCCCGCAGAGCUGGACAGAGGCACUCCUGUGAUUCGCAGGACUCAGACGACGGCCACCGUGGCCCAGUGCAGCGUGCACCUUCCCGUGUCGAGGGUCAGCAGCACCCCCCACAUCCAGGCUGGCGGCGGCGGUGCGGGCAGGCGGCCUGUGGCCAGGUCCGAGCCGUACUUGACCCUAAGCAGCACCGAGGACCUCGCCGAAGGCGAGCAGGACGGGGCGUGGCUGCCCAGCCGGGCCAGGCCUGGGUCCCAGAGACCUCGGGAGGGCGGCAGGGCUGAUCACAGGCCACCGCCUCCUUACCCCGGCCCCGGGAAGGCCCCGGAGCCGCCCUUGUGGCGACUGCAGGGGCCGGAGGAAGGCUCUGGAACGGCUUCGGACGAGGGAGGCCCCGCGGCCGAGCGGGAGCCUCAGGCCACGCAGAGAAAACUGAGCAGCAGCGCCUACGCCCUGCCAGGGGGCGAGCAAAGCAGCCCGAACUUGGGGGAAGCCAGCUGGCUGGACUGGCAGCGAGAGCGGUGGCAGAUCUGGGAGCUGCUGUCCACCGAAAACCCCGACGCCCUCCCGGAGACGCUGGUGUGAGCCCACCCACUGCAGCCAGCAGGAGCCCGCUCCGUUGUCGUUGUCGCAAACAUCCCUCCCAGUCCAGCCGGCCACAGGACACUGCCUCCCUUGUCUUCUUUCACACGUUACAAAAGCACCACAAGAGAAACGGAGUCUAAUUCCCAAGGCAGAGCACCCAUCAUCCCCUUGCCACUUACGAUAGGGUUCCACUGCAUAGCCAGCCUUAGGACAACCCAAACAUGACAGUGUCCCACCAGAAAACCAUUCACGUGGACUCUGUAUAAGACAAAACUCUUGCUUUCGUAUAGCUUAAUUGUAUUUAUGUGUCUUCAGUUUUGACUAUUGUAUAUUCUGUAAUAGUUUGUGUAUGACAUUCAAAAUGAUAUAUUCACAGAGAAAAAAGAAACAAUUUAAAAAAAAUCACUUCACUUAUAUUGCACCAUGAGUUAUAUUAAGCAACGAGAUUCUAUAGAGUGUUCUAGAAUAUGCACAAGCCAGGUUCAGUACUUUUGCCACAGCUUUUUACCUGGGGACAGCCCUUCUUUCAAUGCCUAAGAAAAACACUAACAAAGCAAGAGUAAGAGAAGCCAUAUUUUUAUAGUAGCGAGAUACAGAAGUUAUAAUCACUGAAUGCUUUUUCAUAUUGAGUAAGUUUUAAGGAAAAUGUUGAAUUUGAUACAAUAUGAAAUAUAUUUUUAGAACAUGUUUAGAAAGGAUUCAGUUAAUCCAAAGAGAAAGGCCUUGCAUAACAAAGAAUAAUUUGUCCCAAUUUAUGUCAAAUUCACUUUUAUAUAGACCAUAUAUAAUAUAUAUUUAGAGGGUAUAACUUCUAUGUAUUUUUCAGAACCACAAACUGGAAUCCAACUAUAAAGUGUUUAAGCAUCUAAACAGACCAUUCAAAUCAUCGAACAUGAUUUUUUUUCUUUUUCCCUAUAAUCAAUAUUAACCAAAUUACAUACAAUUAUUUUUGUGAAGUAAGUCAUAUUGAGGGAGAGAAAAACUGCAGUUUUGUCCUUACAUUGUGCCAAAGGCUGAGGAAACGUUUUCUUCGUAAUUUUAUGUGUAUUGUGAAAGUGUUCCUGCCAUACAUACUUCAGUAGUUUGAAGUUUUUCAGCUGCAAAACCACCUGUGACCAGCAAGUGACAGUUUGCUUCAGUAUUUCAGAUUUUUUUUUUCAUUUCAGAAGGGAAAGUAUAUUAUAGAAAAAGAAACUUUUUUUUUUAAAUAAAACGUGUUACUCUCAAUUUUCAUGUUGGUGAUGAAAUUUUCAGUGAUGUUUCUUAAAGUUCUAUCUUGUGCCAUGAUGAA